AUGAUGCGUAUGAUUCAAGAAGGUCGAUACGAAUUUCGAAAAGAACAGUGGGCUACCAUCACACAAGAAGCAAAGGAUAUGAUAUCCGGAUUGUUACGAGUUAACGUAGCAGAAAGGCUAACCGCUAAGCAAUGUUUGAUGGAGCCAUGGAUGAAUCCAACAGCUGAAGUGUAUCCGAAAGAGAAUAUGCGGAAACUCUUUAGACAGUCUAUCAUUUUGGUACGGUUCCUUUGUCGCCUCAGAAAUUACAAGUAUCUCAAGACUUUGGUCGAUCGUGAAUCUCUUCGCAAGCGUCCGUUCAGAGAUCGGGACAUUCGACACGAGGCGGAGUCUGCGAUCUUCUCUGUUUACGGUCACUGGGUUAAUCGUGGAUUUUAUUAUUCCCGCGACAUGCUCUUUGCCAAUAGACCGCGGCCGAAAUAUCAGAAGACUGAAGCUUAG